AUGGCUGACUAUGUGCGAAAUGAGACAUCUAUCAGUUCCGAGUGCGUCGGAGCGCAGGUUGAUGCGCUGAAGAACGGAGCCGGUAACGGGAGCUUGGAGGCAUCAAGCAUCGCCUGCGGCAACGCGUCCACACUCCUCAUACCUCAGCGUGCGAGGCAGAGAGAUGAAGACCACACGCUGCGGAUCCUGCUCUAUUCGCUAAUCUUCUUCCUGAGUGUAUUUGGCAACCUGCUGAUCAUUGUGGUUCUAACAGUCAAUAAGCGCAUGCGCACUGUGACCAACACCUUCUUGCUAUCUCUCGCUGUCAGUGACCUGAUGAUGGCCAUCUUCUGCAUGCCCUUUAACCUCAUCCCCAGCAUCCUCAAGGACUUCAUCUUUGGAGCAGCCAUGUGCAAGAUAGUCACCUACCUCAUGGGCAUAUCUGUGAGCAUCUCCACUUUUAGCCUGGUUGCCAUAGCAAUUGAGCGCUACAGCGCCAUCUGUAACCCCCUGAAGUCACGGGUGUGGCAGACCCGUUCGCACGCCUAUCGGGUGAUUGCUGCCACAUGGGUGCUGGCCUUUGUCAUCAUGAUCCCCUAUCCGAUCAUCAGUCACCUGGAGUCUUUUCCGCGUCCUAACAACACUACAGCGCACCGGUGUCGCCACAAGUGGCCUGUCGCAACUGCAGAACAGACCUGGUACAUUCUGCUGUUGCUUGUGCUCUUCGCCAUUCCAGGUGUGAUGAUGAUUGUGGCCUAUGGAUUAAUCUCGAGAGAGCUUUAUCGAGGCAUCCAGUUUGAAAUGGGUCAUAAAAAAGAUUCUUCAGAUGUAAAUGGCCUCACCUCUACCAUGUCUGCUGGCAGUGAUGAUGGAGAUGGUUGCUACGUGACUGCAGUCCAGCGGCCCCACACGAUGGAGAUGUCUGCCAUGGCUACAUCAGGCAGGGCGAUCAAGGCUGAGAGACCACGCAGCAACACAUCGGAAGCCAAGCUAGAGGCCAAAAAACGAGUCAUUCGCAUGUUGGUGGUGAUUGUUGUUCUGUUCUUUGUCUGUUGGAUGCCGCUGUACUGUGUCAACACCUGGCGGGCUUUUGAUGAAGUCUCUGCCACACAGACGCUCUCAGGGGCCCCCAUCGCUUUUAUCCAUUUGUUGUGCUACACCUCUGCCUGCGUCAACCCAAUUAUUUACUGCUUCAUGAACACACGCUUCCGCAAAGCUCUGCUUGCCACUUUCUCAUGUUGCGCUGCGCCCUGCCAUCGUCGUCAUCAUCGUGGGCUUCGGGACAAUGAGGAGGAUGCUAUGGCGACAGGUGCGUCCAUGUCCAAGUUCAGUUACACUACAGUCAGCACCAUGGGAACCUGUUGAGGGAAAUGGAUUCUCAGCAAUCCAGAAAAGACAGUUACAGAGGCAACACAGCCCCCCCCCGACCCCCCGCGCACUUUUUGUUUUUAAAACGUGCCCAUAGGGACAGUAAUGUGAAGUGAGAAAACACGCAAUGUGAUGUAGCAGUAUAGAAGCUUCAUUUAUGACUGUGAAUAAAAUUAUAUAUAGAUUAUCUUAAGAAACCCAGUCUUAAGUGUAGAUACCUCCAUAGCUUUGAUGAAGAAGCACAACACCAGAGUACAUGUUUAUCUCCUGUAGACAGAGGCAAAUUGUUUGCUUAGAUGUUUCCGGUGUGAAUGUUAUGUUAGUAGUGGUCGGCUACAUGAUAUGGGAAGCAGUCUUUAUAACUUAAUAGUCAUUAUGUAGCUCUAAAAGCAUAAACAUGGUUUGUUAUGUAACCUUAAAACUGUGUUUUAUGUUCUGCAGUCAGUUACUAAUGUUUAUCUGUGUUAAUGAUGAUACUAUAAUUGCCUUGUGGACGAAGUGCCUGCUUCUAAAUUGAAUGGCCUUUAUUGUCAUUGUAAAUACAUACAAGGAAAUUAAGAUGCUAUUCUAUGGUGCAACAUAAAACAGCUGACGUUGACUUAAACAUAGGAUGAUAACUAAGACAUACAAUAGAAUCUAGAAUAAAUAAAGAUAUAUAAGUCUGUAUAAAAAUCUGUAUGUACACUAAUAAAG